UACUGUCCCGGCGGAUCAGCAAGUCAACAUCCCUGUCCAUCAGGGACGUAUGGAAACAUGUCAGGACUCGUUGAGGAAUGGCAGUGCUUACCGUGUGACCCUGGGACUUACUGUAAAGGGACAGGGAGGACUUCUCCCAGCGGACCAUGUGCAGCAGGAUUCGUUUGUGUCACAGGAGCCUCCGACCCUUCGCCAUCAGACAACGGGACAGGCUUCCUUUGCCCUCCUGGUUUCUUUUGCCCUGUGGGGACCUCCACACCCAAACCAUGUCCCAAAGGAACAUUCAGUGAGCAGCAUGGGCUUGUGGAGGAUGCUCAGUGUCACAAAUGCAGUCCUGGCUUUUACUGCUCAGAGGCUGGCCUUUCUUCGGUUUCUGGACCCUGCCUGCCUGGUUUCUUCUGCCUUGAGGGUUCCUGGUCUGCCGCUCCGACGUCAAAUGUAUCUGGAGGCGUUUGUCCAGGAGGCCACUACUGCGCAGAGGGCAGCACUCUCCCCUCACCCUGCCCAGCUGGGUCUUACCAGAAUGAAGCUGGAGGAAAAGGCAGAGACGACUGCAAACCAUGCCCUCUUGGCUGGUUCCAGGAUUUACCAGGCCAGAAGGAGUGUAAUCCCUGCCCUCCUGGGUACCACUGCCACUCUCUCAAUCUCAGCCCCACCAGGGGGAGCUCCACUGGAGCGUCCAGCCCUUUGCCAUGCCCGGCUGGCUACACCUGUCCUAGGGAGAGUUCAGAGCAUCAGCCCCUACCGUGCCCCAGAGGCACUUACAGCUCCAGACAGGGUCUCACUGCCACAGGCCAGUGCUUGAUGUGUCCAG